CUGCAAACACCCUUCAACUCGAAACAUGGAACUGGCAUCGUUGCCUGGCAGACCCACUCCAUAGCAGUCAUCUUGUAGCUAUUCCUCGAUGACGUGUUACCAUGUCGCCACAGUCACCAGCUAUAUAACAAGCAGUAUCCGCAGACUCCUAUAGCAUAGCCACAACAAAUCGAAAACUACAAACAAACCUACAAACCAAUUUAUUCAUCUGCCUCUAUACUCGAUUCAACUACCUUGAUCAAAAUGCCCGUCCCAGUCUACAACCCCCAAACUGAAACCAUCAACACGGAGUCGCGCCCUGGCGCGUCCACCUCCCAAACCCACCCUCAGAGCGGUAACAGCGCCGACAACGCCCGCACUGGCCAGGCGAACCAUCCGCCGAUGAGCAAGGAGGAAGCAGAUCGAUUGUAUGAGGAGCGGAUGGAGGAUGAAUAUGCGAAGCGUGAGGGAGGUGCCUGAAGACCGACUGGUCAGGCUAUCCAGUUGCCAGCGGUUGAGUGGAAGUUUACGUGACGAGUUGAUGAGUUACGGCGGAUGGAUUUUUGUAUUAUAAUGGAUAUCACUCCGUGUUAAGGAGAUGAAUAUGCCUUAGACUUGACUCGGAAAUGUACGUGUGUAUAUUAUGCAA